AUGAGCGACACUACUAUUCUGAAAGUGGUUGUUCUUGGUGAUAGCGGGGUUGGAAAAACUGCACUCAGAAACCAGUUUAUUCAUCGCCAAUUUGUGCAAAGCUACAAGGCAACUAUUGGUGCUGAUUUUGUAACCAAGAGUGUGCAUGUUGAAAGUCUUUCCAAGACCGUUUCGCUACAAAUAUGGGAUACCGCUGGCCAAGAACGUUUUCAUAGUCUUGGGGUUGCAUUUUUUCGAGGUGCAGACGCUUGCAUACUGGUAUAUGAUACAACAAACACAUCAAGUCUAGAUCAUUUGGAAACAUGGAUGCGAGACUUUUUACGACAGGCAGGCAUAUCCAAUCCAGCAGAAUUUCCAUUUAUUGUGGUUGGUAACAAGAUUGACUUGACUGCAGAUCGUACAGUGACUGCAGAAAAAGCAGCCAUAAAGGCACAAGAGCUACGACAAAUAUGCAAUGAAAUUGCUAGAUAUGAAACGGACGGAUCACUCUCUGAUAGUGGGUUUUUGUCUAGUACUCCUGUACAAUCCAAACCAUCGCCUCUUCAACUCAGAGAAACUCGGGCCAUGGGGCCUCGUCGGAUGUUUGGACUACCUCCACCUCGCGAACCUGCACCAUUAAGGGGAGAUGUCACAAAGGCACUGCCAGUGUUUAUGGCCGAAGAAUUUGAAGGAUCGUACAAACCUCUGACUGCUUCAAGGCAAUCUACUACUCCAGUCACUAGUUCUUUGCAAUCGCAGGCAGAUUAUUUACCUGCAGACCGUACACAAGAUUCACAGUAUAAGCAUCACAGACUAACAAACAUAUCAAGCAUGACUGUCGAGUCCUGCACAUCUUUUCAUACCGCUCUUUCAGAUUUUGACACUUCUGCUCCGAGCCAAUUGCAAGAGUUGACAACGGCAGCUGAAAGCAAUGCUAGAAAUUCUUUUACAACCAAUACUUCACCACGCAUAUCAAUGGUUAAACGAUCCAACUCUACUGGAUCGUCUCAUAAGCAUGGAAGAAGUAGAAGCUUUGGUAUUUGGGGAAUUGGUACACACUUGUGGCAGAAGCUGAACCCUCACCAAGAUCAGCAUUUACCACGUGAAAAAACGACUCGAACGAAUACCGCCGGGAACAGUGUUAGUAUGUCAGAUAUAGAGCUUUCUUUGACCACCGUGGCAGAAACAAGAGAUUCUCGGCCGCAAACUGAGAGUUGCGUUGAUAAUACAGAGUCAAGUGAACAUGCAGAUUUAAACCUCCAUGAUCUUGCGCAUAAUACAUCAGAUACACAUAUCAAGCAAGCACCAUUGGUACCAUUUCCGUAUUUUGAAGUGAGUGCAAAGUCGGGAACUCAUGUGAGCGACCCCUUUAUAUAUAUUGCAACGCAUACGCUUCAUCCACGACUCGAUUUUGAAUUGGAUACAGAUUCAAUUGUUCUUGAUUGGCGGCAACCAUCAAGGGUUCGACGUGGAUGCAAUUGCUAACUAUCGAGAUGUCGAUGAAUAUAAUCUUGAAAUAAACUGUACUUAUUACUGCCU